AAAAAAGGAAGAAAACUAGGAAAAAUAAGUUAUUUCCGUAUAUAGACGAGGGAAGGAAAUUGCGCCUCUGAGAGCCUCGUUCUGACGUUGCUCUUAUCAUCCGUCUUUAUUAUUGUUAUUAUUAUUAUUAUUAUGGCCAACGACAAGCUGCUCGCACUCAAACCAGCCGUCAUUGUACUCGGAGGAUGUGGAUUUAUCGGACGCAAUUUUGUUGAGUACCUGAUUGAAAACGAACUGGUGUCCUACUUGAGGGUCGUGGACAAGGUUCCUCCCCAAACUGCUUGGCUGAAUAGCAGGCAUCAAAAAAUUUUUGAAAACCCCAUUGUGGACUUUCAAAGUGCCAAUCUUAUAAAUGCAACUUCGUGUGAAAAGGCAUUCAAUACCAAUCACCAGAUCAAAUAUGUAUUCAAUUGUGCUGGCGAAACCAAAAGUGGACAAGCGGAUCCGAUCUACAGAGAAGGAAUUUAUAAACUAAGCAUGGACUGUGCUCAUCAAGCUGCUAAAUUGGGUGUUGAGCAUUACGUUGAAUUAUCUUCUGGUAACUUUAGUGCCACUGAGGAGAAGCCACUGAGCGAAAAAGAUACAGCUAAACCAUGGACAUGCGUGGCAAAAUAUAAACUCCAGGUGGAAAACGAGUUGAAAAACGUUUCCAAUUUAAAUUACACGAUACUCAGGUUACCCAUUGUGUAUGGUCCUGGUGACAAGACUGGCUUAGCUCCUUACCUGGUUAUUGGAGCUGUUUAUAAACAUUUGAGUGAAAUGAUGAAGUUACUGUGGGGUCCCGAACUGAGGAUGAACACGGUGCAUGUCAGAGACGUUGCUAGAGCCAUGUGGCACGUGACAACACGACAAGAUACCGUUGGACAAACGUAUAAUAUUGUUGAUGAGGGCAAUUCUACUCAAGGCUCUAUUAGUGCUAUUAUAUCCGAACUUUUCAACAUAAAUCACGAUUAUUACGGAUCAGCGCUGUCUUUGCUGGCAAAAAUGGAUAUGAAUGCAGUUGUUGAGGAAAGCAAUGACAAGCAUAUGGGACCUUGGGCAGAAGCAUGUAAAAAAGAUGGAAUUGAAAACAGUUUUCUCUCUCCAUACAUAGACCAAGAACUUUUGCACAAUCAUCAUUUGUAUUUGCAACCAGGAAAGUUAUCUCAAAAAACGGAUUUUUCUUACAGCUAUCCAAAAUUGACCAAAGAAGCGUUAAAAGAAGUGUUGGAAGACUACGUAGCCAUGAAGAUCUUCCCUCAUUCCUUGACUCUAUAAUUCAACACGACAUAAAGUCAAAACCCUUAGUAAACUACAGAACGCAUUGAUAAGCGCUACACGUUGUGCCUGACGCACUUUGAUAAGCGUCAUGUUAUUACUUUUAAUUAAUAAGAUAUUACGGGCCUACCAAAAUGUGAUACAAACGAAAUUAAUAGCAAUUUAUGUACUUAAUACCUACUUAGUUCAGAGAGCGCUAGUCAGGUUCCGAUAUUAUUGGAACAAAUUUCAAUAUAGCUGCAAGCAAUACGAAAGUAGAAGUUCGACUUUUUCCGAUUUUGAAGAUUUCGUUUAGAAGUAUCCAAUUGAUAGUUUUUCUUUUUCAACUGUUUGUUAUCUGAGUUAAACUCAAUUUUUUAAUAACGCGUACAUAUAUAUUUUUAGAUAAUUUUUAUUAAGUUUGAAUAUGUAUAGAUGUAAAAGAACAACGUGAGUUUUCUAUGAAGUCUAGAAUACUUACCAAAUGCCAAAUAGAAUAAUAGUUUUACGCGAGUAGCGAUAAAAUUUCUUACACUGUACAACUUGCUUUUUUUAUACGCAAUUAAAUAGCGCUCAAGUUUGUAAAAAUCUACACGUAUACUUAGGGCCUUUAAAACCGUUUAACGUACACUUUAUAACGAAAGUGAAUUGAAGCACUUUGAAUUAAAAAAUUCAGUUCUUAUUUAAAACAACAGCUUACUAAUUUAUCAUAUAACCUACGGAUUAUUCGUUAGACGUGAAAUAUAAUAAAUCAAGUACAAAUAGUGAUAAAAUCAAUAAUAAAAUGUUCUUAACGUCCAGUAGAACAGAAGGUGUUUGUGUUUAGAUAAUUUUACCGCAAUGCGUCACACUACUACUUUUUAAAUCGGUAUACAAGUAAAUCGUUGAAAUGAAGUAGCUGAAAAAUAAAAUCCAUCACAAGUUUAGUGAUGAGUUAUAUUGUUACUUUCACAUA